UGUAUGGCAUGCAUCAAGGAGAAAAUACGUAGAUGAGCAAGGCAGGUAGCUGGAGUGUUAUGCGUGCGAAGCUUGCGCAGGUCGACGCCGGAGCCGUUGCCUUCAACGUCCCGAUCCUUCGCGUGGCCAGAAAGCCUGACCAGGUUGCACUUGGGUGCAAGGUGUGCUUUUCAUGUAAAAGCGCACCUGAUUCUACAUCGAGAUACAAACAACAAGUAAUUGGUGCGGGUGCAGCUGCGUCCUGCGCGAUCCAGGUGCGCCUUGAAGGAAGAUCGUACUGACGCCACAUUUGCCAAUUCGCCUUCGCCAGCAACAUGUUCCGCAACGCUGCGUCCCGCGCCACCCGGAUCGCCGCCCGCGCCGGCGCGCCCCGGCUCCUCGCCCGCUCCAUGAGCGUCGCCGCCCGCCAGAGCUCGGCCUCGAAGGCCACGGCCAUGGCCGGCGCCUUCCUCGUCACGACCGGGGUCACGGCCUCGCUCCUCCAGGCGCAGGAAGCCAAGGUCAACCUCGAAAAGAUCCGCAAGGAGAUUGUCGACCUCAUUGACGACGAGCCGGCCAUGGGCCCGACCUUUGUGCGCCUCGCGUGGCACUCGUCGGGCAGCUACAGCAAGCACGACCACUCGGGCGGCUCCAAGGGCGGCACCAUCCGCAACGAGCCCGAGAUCAACCACGGUGGCAACGCUGGCCUCAACCUCGCGAUCGCCCGCCUCGAGUCGGUCAAGGCCCGCCACCCCGAAAUUUCGUACGCCGAUCUCUUCAUCUACUCGGGCGUCGUUGCGAUCGCCGAGAUGGGCGGCCCCGAGGUGCCCUUCCACCUUGGCCGCAAGGACGCCAAGGUGGGCGAACAGGUCACGCCCGAUGACCGUCUUCCUGCCGGCGACAAGGGCUCCAAGCCAUCGACGAUUAGCCACAUCCGUGAUGUCUUCUACCGCAUGGGCUUCAAUGACCGCGAGAUCGUCGCGCUCGUCGGCGCCCACGCGGUGGGUCGUUGCUACCCGAGCCGCAGCGGCUACUCGGGCCCGUGGACCCGCGCAGAGACGACGUUCUCGAACGAGUACUUUCGCGAGCUCAUCGAGAACAAGUGGACGAUCAAGAAGUGGAAGGGCCCGGAGCAGUACGAAGACCCGACAGGCGACCUCAUGAUGCUGCCGGCCGACAUGGCGUUCCUCUGGGACCCCGAGUUUAAAAAGUACGUCGAGCUGUACGCCAAGGACGAAGACCUCUGGCACAAGGACUUUGCCAAGGCCUUCCAGAAGCUCACGGAGAACGGCUGCGACUUUGCCAAGUCGGGCUGGCGCCGGUACAUCUUUUUUGGUCCGCGCAGCGACUAGAGUCGUAGUAGGAGCCACUCCAUGUAAUCUUCACUAAGAGACGAUGCUGCUGUGGUCUGAGCCAGGUAGUCACGUAUGCCAUCUCGGCUCGAUGCGACGAAGAAGAAGACGAUUGCAUUGCCA